UAUUGCUCGUCGUCAGAGGACAGUAGGCGCCGCUCUAUCCUCUGCCAGGGCGUUCUCAUCUGCUCUGGGCGGGUGACAUUGGGAAGACGCUCUAUCACACUGACUUCCAGUCUCGCCGGCUCAGGAGGUGACUUUCCCUGUGCACAGUGCGGCAGCAGCAGGCCUCAGGCAGUCUCCGGUGUGCAGCAUGGCUCAGGUGGCUCAGAAGCUCGUUAAGACCCUCGCAGUGAAGACGCCACAGCUUGUGAGCGCCGCUGUCAGCUACUCACGGCCACGACUUGCAACUUUCUGGUACUAUGCUCGCGUUGAGCUGACCCCUCCGAGUCCUGCAGAAAUUCCAAAAGCCAUUGACAGCAUGAAGGGACUAGUGCAGUCCUUCCAGAAAGGCCGGUUAUCUGAAGUUACCGUCAAGGAUGCCCUGAGGAAUGGACUGGUUGCAACUGAGGUCUUGUUCUGGUUCUACAUUGGAGAGUGCAUCGGGAAAGGAGGCUUGGUUGGCUACAAUGUCUGAGACUCUUUAGUUCCAGUUUGUAAAGCCUGUGCUGUGACCUGUAUCUCUAACAUUAUGGACUCAAUAAAUGAAACUGCAAGUGGCAGCCCCUCUGCACAACAUA